AUGAGUAGGCGAUCGAGGUCACCUAGGCGAAGUCACGGAAGGUGUUCGCCAGGUCAUCGCCUGAGGAGUGUUGACUGGAAGCGUGAGAAGUUGGUCAAAUUUGAAAAAGAUUUCUACAGGGAGUCAUCAUCCGUGAAAAGACGAAGCUCAAGGGAUAUUAAGAAGUUUUUUGAAGAGUCAAAAAUUACCAUUGACGGAAACGAUAUUCCUCGACCAGUGUUUACUUUCUUGGAGGCGGGCUUUCCUGAGGCUGUCAUUGAAGUUAUUGAGGAAAAUAAGUGGAAGAUCCCAACACCUAUCCAGUCUCAGGGUUGGCCCCUAGCUCUAAGUGGUCGGAAUGUUGUUGGAAUAGCUCAGACAGGGUCUGGAAAAACUGCCGCCUUUCUUUUACCUGCAAUUGUGCACAUAAAGGCCCAACCUUCAAUGAAGCGCCACGACGGCCCGAUCGCGCUUAUUUUGGUGACUACCCGUGAACUUGCACAGCAGGUUGAGUCAGUAGCACGCGACUUCUGUUCUAAUUGCAAACUGCGAGUUGCUUGUUUAUACGGCGGAGCACCUAGGAAACCUCAGUUACGUGAUUUGGAACGCUAUCCCGAGGUUGUUAUUGCAACCCCUGGUAGACUACUUGACUUUCUGGAAUCUGGGGACACGAACUUACGUCGGACCACUUACUUGGUUGUGGAUGAAGCUGAUAGGAUGUUAGAUAUGGGUUUUGAGCCAUCUCUUCGUCGUAUCGUCUCUCAAGUACGUCCCGACAGGCAAACCCUUAUGUGGUCUGCAACGUGGCCCAAGGAAGUGAGGUCGCUGGCCCGUGAGUUCUUAGGAAAAUAUGUCCAGAUAAACAUUGGCUCCGAGGAUCUGCAUGCAAAUCACAAUAUUAAACAGAUCGUAGAGGUUAUUAGAGAGUCGGAGAAAUACAGUCGUCUAAUCGAGCUUCUGAAAGAUUUUGGGAAGUCUAAGUCAAUUGUGUUUGUUGAAACUAGAAGAAAAGCCGACGAAUUAAUGUAUCGGCUACGUGAUCGUGGUUUCAAUGUUUCUGCCAUGCAUGGAAGCAAACAACAAAGGGAAAGAGAAGCAAUACUAGGAGAUUUCAGGAACAGCAGAAUCACGACACUUGUGGCCACGGAUAUAGCUGCCAGAGGACUUGAUAUAAUUGAUAUCCGAUUCAUCGUAAACUUCGACUAUCCAACACAUGCGGAGGAUUAUGUACACAGAAUAGGACGCACUGGAAGAAGCGACAAGAAAGGAACCGCAUAUACGUUUUUUACCAGUGAUAAUCCCAAAACUGCUCGACAGUUGGUGAAAGUAUUGAAGGAGGCCAAUCAGAGAGUCCCGUCUAAACUUGAAGAGCUAUCUAAGGCAAAAAUAGGGACGGUUCAGCGUGGACGCCAGCGGGAAGUUCGUCGCUGGCGGAGACCGUCCUCCAUGUCUACUUCCUCUUCUCGCUCUCCGUCAAGGGGUCAGAACCAUCGUCGACGUCGCUCACGCAGCCGAUCUCGUGAUAGGCGCCAUCGUGACAGGACGUCGAGAUCUUCCAGCUUCACCGAGCGCAGAAAAAAAACACGGCGACAUCACAAAUCCCAUAGACGUUCCAGUUCUGAUUCCCGGAGUCGUUCAGCAUCCAGGCGGUCGGUAGAUCAUGGCAACAAUCGCACUCAUGGAGGUCGAUCUGAAUCAUUUCGGUCGGACAUCGAAAGGAAGCGAAAACGAUUUGAUAGGGAUAGUGGCCGUUGUCGUUCUCCUUCGCGUGGGCAAAACGGCGAAAAGCGUCGACGAACAAGUGCACGUAGUCGGUCGUCGGAUCACUCACACGCAGCAAAUGGGGCAACUCAUCACUCAAGAUCCCGCAGUUCAUCCUUGAGUUCACUGAAGCGUUCUCGUUCAGCUAGCAGUAAAGUUGAGGUGCCUCGAGUUCGUAAUCUCUCCGGGAGUUGUUCGCCCAGCACGAGCGAACGAUGUCGCCACUCAAGGUCACGAAGCCGAUCAGUUAACCCAGUGGAUCACUCGCAAUCCGAAAGUGAUGAUGAUCACUCUUCAAGGUCGCGCAGUCGCUCAGCUAUUUCGGAGACCCAAGUCUCACGAAAUCAUGAUGGCCUUAAACCCGGGCCAAAUAAAUCAGAAGACCGAUCUGUCAUCGGAAGCGAUCGUUAUUCUCGAUCUCGCAGUCGAUCGAAGAAUUCUGUCAACGAAGGUAGUCGACGGUCAAGAUCGUCGAGCAAGCAUUCUACCCCUGCAAGGGGUCGCUCGGCUUCACAAGUUGGCGCCGACGCACAUUAUUCGUUGUCAGCAACUAGAGGGAAUGAGACCAAUCGAAAAGAUGACAUCCGUGAUGAUGAAAACUUGGAGGAAAAAUAA